UGUGCGUGGAUGAGUGUAACGAGAGACAGACAAACAGACAGACAGAAAAAGAGGAGAGAUAUGUAAUAGGUAUACUACAGUAGUAGACUGACAAGCCAAGUCAGACAUGCGCUCUUAAAGAGGGAAUCGCGGCAGUGAAAGAGCUCGAGAGCAAAACCCACGUUUCAGUUUGUCGCGUGUGCUGGCACGGCGCGCAUAUCGUUCCACGAAUCUCGGUAAACGAUGUCGAGAAAUAUGUGGAUCGUUUCGACGAAAAAAAACGCGUGCAACGCGAUCGUUUCAACCGACAAGUACGUGUCUCAUGCGUUUCGUUUCACGUGAAUUUUCGCGGAGAAAAGAUAACGCCAUCAUUGAGGGGAAACAAACAUCGAACACGAUACAAUCGCGAUAUCGAUACGAAUUCGUGAAAAUACAGAAGCACGAUCACAUCUAUCAGGUUCAUAAUCUGAGAAUAAGCUUCGUUCGAUUAAUUGACGUAUUAUGUCACAUUCCUACCGUCGCAAACACAAAUGAUUCGGAACUCUGUAUCAAUCGUCGACCAUUUGGUUGCGUCGUGAAUCGUUUUAAUCUAUUACCACCGACUUCAUCGGUAUCAUUCAUCAUAAUUCGUGUUACGGUGGAAUGUGGCCAACCAGAAGCAGUAUUUUCGAUAAUUCUCCUGCAAACAAGACAAAAGCCAACCGCAAUUACCCCGAAUAUGAAGAGACAUUGUGUUCGCAGCUCACAGUCAGCGCAUUCGCAGAUAUCGUACGGCUAUAUUGUUAAUUGCCUUGUGGCAAUUAGCAAUCAAACGGUACUCCUUAGAGCGAAAUAAUGACGGAUUCGCCAAUACCGUCGGUCAGCAACAUUCAGAGUCGAACUCAUACCGCAAGCCAGUCUCAAGUUCAAACGCAAAUUCAAGAUGACAAGAACGAGAAAACGGAGAAGGCUGUUCUUUUGCAAAUUCAAGAGAUCAACAACCAAGUGGCGCAAUUCCGCGAUCUGCUGAUAAACAUCGGUCAACCACGAGACUGUCCGGAACUUCGAGAGAAAAUUCGGAGAUUACGACGACAUUGCGUAGAAGCGUGUAAAAACACGUCCCAGCUCAUACUGCCACAAGUACGAAGAACAACAGAUAUCGGGAUUCCUGUUGACUGCCCAAAUUUGAUGCUGCUCUUUUAUGUUGUGCAAUUAUUCCUGCGCGAGCUCUGCAAAAGUAAGAACCUCAUCCGCAUCGUACCGAUGGAUAUGACGGAAUAUUACGAAACUCGAGCCGGGCCAUCCAACAUCGGCAACGUGAUCUCGCAGAUAGUCCUCUGUAAGCAGAUCACACCGGAUUUCUACGAGGAAGAAUUGUGCAGCAUCCAAAAGGACUCCGAGGAAAUUCGAGGCUUGAUGAACGAACUGCAAGAAUUUAUGCCCCAGUCGGGUGGCGAUAUAGAAAAGUACUCAGCUUUACAGAGUGCCGGAAGUAGGGGUAACCGUCCCAACGGCAGACGGAUGCAUCGAUGGAACCAAAGCCACGAAAGGCCUAGCAGGCCUACCAGACAAUCGUCCUACUUUCGCGGAGCUUUGAAUCUCUUUUGUUGCGCCGCAAGAGCCAACUAUGUUUAAUCGAACUAAACGUACUUGCCCACCUUUCUCUUAAAGAAAUCCUUUCACAAAAGUUUUUAAUAAUUUAUAUGCCUAAUUUCCUUUCGUUUUUAAUUUUCUAUCUGUAAAUUUUAAGACUAAGUGAUAAAAGGAGAAGAAAUUUUCGCUAUA